AUGGCAGUCGCCGCGCCUCGCGGCGCCCCUCUUACCGCAGAGACUGGGCUGGCCCACCGUCACCGCUGCCGCUCGCCACCCGUGUCGCGCGUCGCGCUCUCCUCUGGUCCCCCCGGCACCUCCUCCAGCCGGCUGCUCUCGCGCCGCCCGCGCCUUUGCCUCGCAGCCGCCCGCGCGCUCCCCGCUGCAGCGCCGGCCGAAGAAGCCACACGGCUAUGUGGGGAGAGCGCGCAAGGGCGUGAGCCAGAAAUUAUCGCGCGCGUUGCCGUUGCCCUUCCAGCCGCCCGCGCAGCAGGCGCGCAUGACGAUGGUGGCAGCGAGGGCGCGCAGCCUCCCUCCUCGGCCGCGCCUCUCCUUCCUCCCGCAUUCUUCUCCGCCCUCCUCUCCCUCGCGCUCCCCCCUUCCGCCAUCGCCCUCACCUUCUCCGCCUUGACGCCUCCCGCCGUCGCCGCAUCCCUGCUUGCCCCUUUGCCUGCCCCGCUCGCCGCAUCCGCCGUCGUCGCGCUGCCCCUCCCCGCGCUCCCCCUGGCGGCGCUGGACCUCUCCGCCGCGUGGGACGCCGUCGACGACGCGCUCUUCGCCGCGGCGCACCUGUCGGACCGCCUCUCCGCCAAGCCGCGCGCCCUCAUCGCCACUGACGCCGCCUGCUUCGCGCUCGGCCUCGCCGCCACGCGCGCCGCCAUGGGCGUCGCGGCGGCGCUCGCGGGGCGCGCGUACGGGCAGGCGGCGGGGGGUGGCGCAGGGGGCGUGGUGGCGGGGGUGCUGCCGGUGGUGGCGGGGGGCGUGGCGGUGGCCAUGGGGCUCAACCUGCUCGGCCUGCUGCCUCUCCGCCUGCCCUCCGCCUUCGGCGGCUUCGACGCCAAGCAGGCGGCGGCGCGCCUCCCCAGUGCGGUGCAGAUGCUCCUCGCGGGCGGCGCCUUUGCCUUCGUGGCGUCGCCAUGCGCCACGCCCGUGCUGGCGUCGCUGCUGGCCUACGUGGCGUCCACCGGGGACGCGGUGCUGGGGGGGGCACUGCUGCUGGUGUACACGCUGGGCUUUGUGUCGCCGCUCAUGCUAGCAGCGGCAUUCACAGGAGCGCUCAAGCGCCUGCUGGCGCUGAGGCAGCACGCGCUGUGGAUCAACCCCGCCAGUGGCGCCCUGCUGCUCGCCACCGGCACCUACGCCCUCCUCGACCACACCUUCCCCGAUGCUUCCUCACUGCCCUUCACCUCGCUCUAG